CGCUCCCCGCGCCCCAGUGCUGUUGUCCCGGUUUGACUUCAGCUUAUCGGACAGUCGGAGGAACACUAUUUGCCGAGACCCCCAAGCUGUCACCUCCUGGCACUGGACAUGACAGCCACGGUGGCUUUCCUGCUCCUGAGCCUUCUGAGGAUGGCGGCUCCCAAGGGAGUGUGGUGCCCAGCCUGCGGGCUGGAGGCCCUGGCCCCCACCACGCAGCAGGACAUCCUCAUCGCGCUGGCAAAGCAGAGCAUCCUCUCCAAGCUCCGCUUGCCAGACAGGCCCAACAUCACCCAGCCCAUGUCCAGGGGGGCCCUGCUGACCGCUCUCCGCAGGAUGCGUGCGCAGCGCAUGGACACGGCCGUCUCCCCGGGGAUGCCCCGUGAUGGCAGCAUCCCACACCUGCGUCCUGGGACGGGUGUGCAAGAAUAUGAGAUCUUGAGCUUUGCCGAGUCAGGGUCCUCCACCUCCCGCCGCGUUCGCCUGCAUUUCCGCUUCACCCGGGAGCUGGCCGGGAGCACCGAGAUCCUGCAAGCCACCCUCUACCUGUUCUGGGCAGUCCCCAGCCCCGGGACGCAUCCAGUCACCGUCAGACUCUUGCAGCCAGACCCAACGGGGCUGAACAUGACCGUGGCCAGCGAGACACGGCUGGAGGUGCAGAGGGCUGGCUGGGCCAGACUGCCGUUUGUGGCAGCCCAAGCCCGGGCCAGGAUGCCCCACCGGAUCCAGCGGCGCGGCAUUGAUUGCAGUGCGGACUCUCGGAUGUGCUGCCGCAAGGAAUUCUUUGUGGACUUCAAGGAGAUCGGCUGGGAGGACUGGAUCAUCCAGCCGGAGGGAUAUCACAUGAACUACUGCGUGGGGCUCUGCCCCAUGCACAUGGCUGGCAUCCCUGGCCUCGCCGCCUCCUUCCACACGGCUGUCCUCAACCUCAUCAAAGCCAACAACGCGGACGCAGCUGUGGACUCGUGCUGUGUGCCCACGCAGCGUCGCCCCCUCUCUCUGCUCUACUAUGACCGGGACAGCAACAUCAUCAAGACCGACAUCCCCGACAUGAUUGUCGAUGCCUGUGGUUGCACCUGACCGGCUGCCUGGGGAGGCAGGAGGGCAGGACCUGUGCUGCACAGGGCUCCCCUCCUCCUCGCCCCUCUCUGGCAGUGCGAGACCUGGUGGAACUGCUUAGAGACGGGAACCCUGCCAAGAUCUGCCCAUGGAUUCCUCUCUGCCCAUGAGCCAUGGCCUCUGAGACUGGCUCCCGACGGACACCACCAGACC